AUGGCGACUGCGAACCCUGUGUCUACCUCUGAUACCACACCGGCAACUACCACGACCUUUGAAAACGAACAUGGCCAAUUGACGCCCGAGGAACGAUACGAAUUGAUCACCAGACGGUUGCAGGAGGUUCUCGGUGGAGAUUUGAUCAAGGGAAUUCUUGCGGAGGGAAGACAUCCAAAGUGCUACUGGGGAACUGCACCGACUGGACGACCUCAUAUCGGCUACUUUGUGCCAUUGACAAAGAUUUCUGACUUCCUUCGCGCUGGUGUCGAAGUCAAAAUCUUGCUUGCGGACGUCCAUGCUUUCUUGGACAACUUGAAAGCGCCCUUGGACCUUGUCGCCCAUCGAACAAAGUACUACGAGUUCAUCGUUCGAUCGGUCUUCAAAUCUCUGAAUAUCCCUACGGAGAAGCUCACUUUCGUUACUGGAUCCACAUUCCAGUUGACCAAGGAAUACAACCUCGACAACUACCGACUCUGCGCUACCGUGACCGAACACGAUGCCAAAAAGGCAGGUGCCGAGGUCGUAAAGCAAGUCGAGAGCCCUCUUCUCAGUGGCCUCUUGUACCCUGGUCUCCAAGCCCUCGACGAGGAGUACCUCGGCUGUGAUUUCCAAUUCGGAGGUGUCGAUCAGCGCAAAAUCUUCACCUUCGCCGAACUCUACCUCCCAAGACUAGGAUACCGCAAACGUGCCCACUUGAUGAACGCCAUGGUCCCAGGUCUCGGCGGAGGGAAAAUGUCAGCUUCAGACCCCAACUCCAAAAUUGAUCUCCUCGAUCCUCCCGAGGUCGUCAAGAAGAAGAUCAGGGCCGCUUUCUGCGAGGAGGGUAACAUCGAGGAGAACGGCGUUCUCGCAUUCGUUGGCGCCGUCUUAAUUCCCAUCAGCCAGUUGAGGAAGGACCACCGUGCAGCAGCCGAAAAGAACGGAAGCAGCCUCGACGAUCUCCCCAAGCCUUUCGUCACCGACGACGCCCCCGCUGACAGCGUGUUCUCCAUUGCCCGUGAUGAGAAGUGGGGUGGAUCCUUGCACUACACCGACUUUGCCCAGAUCCAGGCCGACUUCAAGGACAAGAAGAUCCACCCUGGAGAUUUGAAGGGCGCCGUCACUCAGUACAUCAACAACCUCUUGCAGCCCAUCCGCAAGGUCUACGAGGAGAGUGAAGAGUGGCAGAAGAUCGCGGACCUCGCUUACCCUCCGCCUGUGGUCGAGGUCAAGAAGAAGAAGAAGGAGAAAGUCUACCACCCUCCUCCCCCAGGAAAGGGUAAGAACGCUAAGGCUGCACCUGCACCAGCCGCCGAUGGACAAGCUCCAUCGCAUUCUGAGCAAGAGGCAGCCAAGCAACUCCCAGUGGAGCCCCCUGCCACGUCGUAG